CUUAUCUGGCACUCAGUUGAACGCCGGCCUGAGGAGGACUGUCCUACCUGAGGGCUGCGUCAGGAUCCAAACAGGCUAACAAUACAAUGUGUGCCACUGACUAAAAUGCCAAAAAGUGAUACGUGGCCAGGCGGCACUGAACCAGAGACGAUGAACGGCAUGGAGAGUGCCGGAAGCUGCGACAGUGUUGUCAGCGCCAAUUCAGGCUUUAGUGACGAUAGUCUAGAGCAUCUUUCUGCUGAAGAAAAGGCCUGUCUAAUGUUUUUGGAGGAAACCAUUGAGUCUCUGGAUAAUGAAGAUGAUAGUGGAGUCUCCCAUGACGAGCCUGAACGACUGUCCGGUACUGGCAACCUUGCAGCAAGACUUUCAGACCGGUCUGUGUCUAUGAGAAAUAGCAAUGUGCACGGUUCAGAGAAACCAGAUAAACAACCCAUCAAGAAAAAUAUUGACACUAAACACAAGCACAGCUACCUUGUUCCUACGCCUUUUGUUGUGGCAAGCGGUUCUCAGAGUUCUCUUCCCGGUACAAAAGCACUUACAGCUUCUUCUCAGUCUCAGUUGAAAUCAAAAUCCAAAAAACUGUCUCCUGGUCACAACCAGAAACGUUCCACCUCCCCAGUACCUGUGGUACAGCCUUCCGCACAACGCAAGGAAAACUCAGCUAAGCCAGCAGAAGGCCCUUUACCAAGAGGACCUCUGUCUUACGAUGCACUCGUUCAUUUGCGGAGAAAUGCCUCCCAGAAGAAGACACCUUUAUGUCCAUCAGUUGAUCACACUAUAGACUUGAACAGACAAUGUCCACUACCAGUGGAAGGGCAAAAAUUUGGAAAUGCCACCAAAUCUGGCUCAGAGGUUUACAGGUCUAAGACAGAUCCUCCUGCUGUGCCCCCAAAACCUCCAAAGAAACCUGCCAACAUCGUCCAAAAUGAGGAACCCAUAACAGCCGACAUGUCAGAAAGGGUCAAACAUGCAACAAAUCCAGAUGUUGUGAGACAGGAAGCUUUACAGAGGCUUGGUCUGCUUAAAGAUCACAAGCAUAAGGAUGGAGCACCACCUCAUGCAAAACCCCAUUCUAAAAAAACAGCCAAAGAUCCAUCGGAUCCAAAAAGUAGUUCCUCUCAAAAGCAACCGGAUCCCAAGAGCAGGCCUCUGAGGAAGAGUACGGGUGUCUAUUGGCAAUCCAAGGAAGAACAGCAGCCUGUUUUAUUAUUACACGUUAAAUCUCAGCCCAGUGGGUCGAAGACUGAAGGUUUGGAGCGUUCUGUUAACCAGAAUCCCGACUCAAACAGCAGGAAGCACCCUGAAGCCCAACACAUUCCUUGUGCGAAGCCAAUGAAAACCACGUCCCAGCCUUCAUCCGGCACACCCGGAGACUCAGUGGCCUACACCACGAUGGUGGUUCCUGGAAUGGGAUCUGAUCGAGAAGAGGCUCUCAGAAAACUCGGUCUGCUUAAGAGCUGAGCCGUGCAUACAGCAUGAGUGUUUUUAACUUGAUGGGUUUUCUAAGAACCAUCAACAUCAGAGGUUUUGGAUUUAGCAUUGGAGCUUCAAACAUGGCACUUUGGAGAAUAAAUUAAUAAAAUGUAAUAAUGAUGCCAGCCCAAUAAAGGGUAAAAUAAGCGGAAACAUUUCCUCAUGUUCUGAAAUGUGGUAAAAAUGGGCCUUACACAUUACAAACCCAUUCAUUUCUACAUUUUUCUCAAGACAAUAUUACUCUAAUCAACACACGUCAACGUGAUUGUUACAUAAUUUUAAUUUUGAUAGGGCACUCAUUAAGACAUCACAAACAAAAUCCGCCCUAAAGUGCACUAAGAGGCUUUGCCCAAAAUCACAAUUACUGAUUACUGACUUUUCACUGAUGUGCCUGGAGUAAAUCUGUUGUCAUUUGUUAAUGGUGUUUUUUUUUAAGUAUGAUUUUGCAGUAAUUUAUCAACUGCGAGGUCGAUCUCAAACAUUUAAUUAUUUAAAAAAAUGUGUAAUUGUGAUACAGAGUUGUUCAGAUGUGAAUUAAAAAGUUGACUUGCUGUUAAAAAGGAAAUAAUGUUAAUGUAUAAUCGCUUUUUGUAGCUUUUUUCACUAAUGCUACUGAAAAUAAAGUUUGCACAAUAUGUACUG